AUGGAUGCUCCAAGUGCUGCUCCUUUGCACAUAGCAAUAUUUCCAUGGUUUGCUAUGGGACACCUCUCCCCAAAUCUUCACCUCUCCAACAAGUUAGCAGAGAGAGGCCAUAAAAUCUCCUUUAUAGUCCCCCAAAGAACACAAACCAAACUACAACACCUCAAUCUUCACCCUCAUCUCAUCACCUUUGUUCCAAUCAAAGUUCCUCAUGUUGAUGGCCUUCCUCACCAUGCUGAGACCACUUCCGAUGUCCCCUUCUCUUUGUUCCCUCUUAUUGCCACCGCUAUGGAUCGCACACAGAAGGACAUCGAACUUCUCGUAAAGGAUCUGAAGCCACAAAUUGUUUUAUUCGAUUUCCAACAUUGGCUACCCAAUUUGACUCGGAGCCUAGGCAUCAAGAGUGUCAUGUACAUCAUAGUGUAUCCAUUAUCAUUAGCAUACCUUGGAAUCGGACCAAGACAAGACCAAGGAAGAGAUUUAACGGAACGUGAUCUAAUGGAACCACCUAAAGGGUUCCCUGAGUCAUGCUUAAAGUUUCAGUCACAUGAACUUCGGUUUCUCGUUGGCGUAAGGAAACUCGAGUUUGGAAGUGGAAUUUUUCUGUACGAUCGGUUACACUAUAGUCUUAGCUCAGCCGAUGCAAUUGGAUUCAAGGGUUGCAGAGAGAUUGAUGGGCUAUAUGCGGAUUAUCUUGAAACUGUGUAUGGGAAGCCAGUUUUACUGUCGGGGCCACUUUUACCUGAGCCACCAAACACCACUUUAGAGGAAAAAUGGCUUGCAUGGCUUGGGGGAUUCAACCCUGGUUCUGUUAUUUUCUGUGCUUAUGGAACCGAAAGCCCGUUACCAGAAAAUCAGUUUCAAGAGUUGUUGCUUGGUCUUGAAUUAACAGGUUUGCCAUUUCUUGCAGCACUUAAGCCCCCUGAUGGAUUUGAGUCGGUUGAAGAAGCUCUGCCAGAAGGGUUUGGAGAAAGGGUUAAAGGAAGAGGGAUUGUGUAUGGAGGUUGGGUUCAGCAACAAUUGAUUCUGGGACACCCUUCUGUUGGAUGCUUCAUAACACACUGUGGAGCGGCUUCUGUGACAGAAGCGCUUGUUAAUAAGUGUGAGUUGGUGCUGCUGCCACGGCUUGGUAGUGAUCAUAUCAUCAAUGCAAGGAUGAUGAGUAUGAACUUAAAGGUUGGAGUGGAAGUGGAGAAAGGUGAAGAAGACGGUCUGUUUACAAAAGAAAGUGUAUGCAAAGCUGUGAAAACUGUGAUGGAUGAUGGGAAUGAGACUGGAAGAGAAGUGAGAGAAAAUCACGCCAGACUCAGAAAUUUAUUACUACGUGAUAAUUUAGAGUCGUCAUGUGUUGAUAGUUUUUGUCGACAACUUCAAGAUUUGUUAUAA